ACAAGAUCGAGGCCCUACGAGUAUGGCCCGAGCCCACCAACACCACGGACGUUCGUUCAUUCAUGGGGUUGGCGGGCUACUAUCAGCGAUUCAUCACCGGAUACUCGAGGAUUGCUACACCUAUGACGAGAUUAAAAUCGCCAAAGGUGCCAUUCGUAUUCGAUGACGACGCACGCCGGUCAUUCCAAGCACUUAAGACGGCUAUGCUCAUGGCACCCGUCCUUAGCAUCUAUGACCCCACCCUGCCUAUGAGAGUGGCGGCUGAUGCUUCUGGCUAUGGCAUUGGGGCAGUCUUGGAACAGCACGACGGCGACGACUGGCACCCUAUGGAGUAUUUCAGCCACAAAGUGCCUCCCAUCAACUCGCUUGAUGAUGCAAGGAAGAAGGAGCUGCUCGCAUUCGUCAUGGCUCUCAAGCGAUGGCGGCACUUCCUCCUUAGGCGUUGUAGGUUCACAUGGGUUACGAACAACAAUCCAUUGACCUACUACAGGACGCAUGAUACGGUGAGAAGCACGAUCGGACGAUGGAUGUACCUCAUCGACCAAUUUGACUUCACACCGAAACAUCUUCCCGGCCUCUCCAAUCGCGCAGCAGAUGCACUCUCGCGAAGACCUGAUCUUUGCGCUAUGACACAUCAUGCCUUCGCAUUCGACGAGGAGCUCCAGCGACACUUCAUCAGGGGCUAUGAGUCCGAUCCAGACUUUGCCACGCUAUAUGCGCAGCUAUCUUCGGAUCACCCGCCGGCCAGCCACUAUCGCAUCGCCGAUGGGUACUUGCUCCUACACUCGCGGGGCAAGGACUUACUAUGUGUCCCACGCGACCGCCGUCUUCGGACUCGCCUCCUCGGCGAGUAUCAUGAUUCGCGACUCGUCGGCCAUUUCGGAGUCAACCGCACUAUUGCACGGCUUCGACAGCGAUUCCGAUGGCCCAACCUCAUCACCGAUGUAACGAGCCAUGGUGUACCGGAAGACAUAGUCAGCGACCGCGACACUCGCUUCAUGUCGACAUUUUUCACUGCUCUCAUGCAGGAGUCCGGCACGAAGAUGAAGCCAAGUUCGGCUCGGCAUCCACAGACAGACAGGCAGACGGAGCGGGCACAUCAAACCGCUCAAAUGAUGCUUCGUACGCUCAUCCGUCCGGACCAGAAAGAUUGGGUUGACCGCCUCCCCGACAUCGAGUUCCCCUACAAAACUUCGAUGCACCCGGCGAUCGGCGUGACUCCAUUCGAGUUGCACCACGGUGGACAGAAAGGCCGUAUCUUCGCCAACCUUCUCCUCCCACAACCAGCCGACAUCGAUGCCGCUUGUUCUCCCGCUUCCGUCCGGAAGUACAGAGAAUUGCUGGCUCAAGCCUGCGCGAAUAUGCAAAAGGCUCAAGUCCACAUGCAGCAGCAAGCCAACAGGCAUCGCGUGCCAUGUCCCAUCUACGCCGGCGACCUGGUUUGGGUUUCCGCGGAAGAGUUUGCACUGGAACAGGAUGUCUCACGCAAACUGCUUCCCAAGUGGUUUGGACCAUGGCCCGUAACAUCAGUCGCGGGCGAUGAGCCCGAGGGCCCUUCAUUUGUGAUCAACAUCCCCCCGCAUCUGACGGUCCAUCCAGUCUUUUACGCCUCAAAGCUGGCAACAUACACGCCAGCUAAGAGCGAAAACUUUCUGGGCCGACGAUCGCAGGACCCUCCUAUGGAUGGUCAUCAGGAAGUUGACCGUGUCAUCACCGAUCGCAAGUACGGCAGCAAGCCGCGACAGUACAAAGUUACAUUCAAAGCCUGCGAUCGCGACAACACUCGGUGGAUUUCAGGAGCAGAUUUGAAAGCAUCCGCACCGCUGAUCUACGCGCAUUAUGAGAAGCAAAGGUUAGCUCAGGAAGCUUUACGACCAGCCCCUCCCACCCGAACUGUGGUCCCUCCCUCAGACAGACAGCUUCGCCGUCGCAGGUAAGCUCGGUCGUUCAAGGAGGGGGGGGGGUGGCAUACUGCGUAGCCACACGGGC